UUUGCACGGCUUGCUGUGAGCUGUCGGCCAUUUUCUCUCGGAUUUUUAGAGAAAUUUAUCGUCUACAAUAACAAAUUGUGCGUAAAUAUUAGUGCACCAUUUAAAAGCAAAAACUAUCAACCUUUCUUCGUGUAAACAAAGUCUUGGAUUACCCACCCGAACCAAUUCAACAUGGCAAACCGAAGACCGCAGCCAGGCAAUCGCCGCAUGGAUUUCGGUCGUAAUGACCGAAACAAGAAUUUCCGGAGCGGCGUAUCGCCAUGGCAGGGCGGAGGCCCCGGGAACGAUCUCCCGAACCUGCUCCCGCUAGCCGGGGGCUCCACUGAGGCUACCCUGGCUUUGGCGAGCAACAUCAUCAACCUCCUCCAACCCCGCCAGAAUCCUGUCCCUUCCCUCCUAGACAUGCCCAUGAGACGCGACUUUGGGCCUAACAUGGGUCGGUAUGAUCGUGGUUACCCCCCCAAUCGGAUGGGCAAUCAGGGUAAUUUCCGUCGUACGGGCAAUUACAAUCGGGCUGGUGAGCGUAUCAACACGAACCGUAAGCCGUUCAGGCCUAACGAUGGCCCAAGGCAACCCAACAAGAACGCCCAGAGAAAGGAGGCCGAUCCAAAGCCAAAAGUUAAGGCGAGCGAUGAAAAGGAAACCGAAGGUGAAGCUAGCAAGGAACAAAAGGAGGCCCCGAAGACUCGCUAUGAUGACAUCAACCCCCAGCUCCUUCGCUGCCACAUCUGCAACAAGAGCAUGUGGGAUGGACGCUCCUUCGAGAACCAUCUGAGUGGCCGAGCCCAUGCCAUCAUGAUGCAGAAGACGGCUGAGAGCUAUGCCCUCACUGCGGAUACCAUGAGGCAGGAGUUUAAGAUACGUGAGAUCAAGCGUACACGGAAAACCGGGCAGCACCCACCUCGCGACUUCUACUGUGCUAUGUGUGACAUGUACGCAGCGGACGGAGCCAUCCAUCGCACCACGGUAGGCCACCGCAAGCUCAAGAAGUACCUCCAUCCGACCUGCGCUGGAUGCCACAAGGAGAUGCCCACCCGUAUUGAGCUGGAUGAGCACCGGCUCACUGUGGAGCAUCUCCGCGAGAUGCAGAAUAAACAAGAGGUGGUUACUAAGCCGAAGCCUGAAGUGAUGGUGAUAUCAACUCUGAACAUGGAGCAGAUGUAUCUGCGCGAGGAUCCGCCUCAGCGCCGCCGUUUCAACAAGGACGACAAUGAUGACUCCAACAAGGAGGGUGACGAGAUCAAGAAGGAGGCAGACGAUGGUGAGGCUGAAGACAAGCCGCAGGAGGAGGACACCACAACGAAGAAACCUCCCAUGGACACCGAAGAUACUGUGUUGGACUACAACGAUGGAGACGACCUGAGCCAUCUCACUCCGGAAAUGGUGCCCGCUUAUAGUACCGAACGUGGCGUGGGCGCGUCUUUCCUGCAGGAGUUCCGGUGUUACCAGUGCAAGUUGUGCCGGAAGCUGCUCGAUAGCGAGGAGACGGCUGAAGUCCACCUGCGCACCUGGCGACACCACCGCCUGUUUGUGCGGCUGCUUGCCGAGAAGAGCGGGAAGGAGACGCCCGGCGAGUCGAACAAGCGUCCGCAUAACAGCGACGACACCGGCAACUGGAAGCGACGCAAGACCGACGACGACAACGGCGGACAGGACAAGGACAACGCCGACAACGGCCAGGGUGAUGACAACGGUGGCAACGACAACGGUGAUAACGAUGUGCAAGUCAAGUCGGAGACCAAGAAUGAUGAGGAGGAGCUGCUGGCCAACGGGGAGCAGGAAACGGCGAAUGAGGAUGACCUCGAAGACUGGGAGAACACCGUCGAUGAAAUACUACAGAAUGAAGAUAACGAGGAACCCGCCGAAGAAACGGCUGAAGAACAGACUCAGGUUGAGGAGGAACCGGAACCGGCACCCGAGCCGGAACCGGCACCCGAGCCGGAACCGGAACCGGACACAAAGCCGGAAAGUCCGGCUAAAGUGGCCCGCACGCCGCGCGGACGAGGCCGUGGCCGACGCCGUUACUAAGACAGAGUUUUAGUACAUGCACGAAAGUAGCAUAAUAUUGUCCCUCUACGAAUAAUAAAAACUAAGGAACAGUAACUGUGUCAAAAAUGUUGUAU